CAAUUUAAAGGCAAAAAUACACGUAAUCUGAAUAAUCAUGUGUGUAUGAAUGUGUGUACUGGUGUGGGGGGUGUCAAUGUGUGUGAUUGCCUACAAAACGAAUUGUGCACGGUUACAUGUACGGAAUGCCUUGGUGACACGCCAAAACACAACACCAAUCUGCGACCAAGUAUAAUCGCAGACCGGGAAUGCAGUAACAGGCAAGUUAUAUUAUCAACCCGGGUCUAGAUCUACUGCUUACUCAGUGAUUCUCUGUUAUCUAGCCAACUAAAGUAUGUGGUUGUUGUUUAAAAGCAAAAGCAGAAAGAAAGCAGGAAAUCAUUCGGUUUUCUCAAGCAGGUAAGAGUCACUCGGGAAUGAGUCCCCCUAGCUCCUUAGUUAGGUUCAAUUGCAAUUUCCCUGGGUUGAUUUACUGUUGAUUAGACUGCGGAAGAUCCGACAGUAGCUUGGAAUCUCUUAAGCUGACCAAGCCCUCUCAGUCUAACUACCCGGCAGACGACUAGUCUUCACCGGGAUAGAAAGCUGAAGCAGUAAGAACAGAACUCCACUACUGGAAUUGGAUUCCAGUACAAAGCAGUAAACUGGCUAACUCUCGUAUAGCCAAUCUCCUACUAUCGAAUGAUGAGACUCUAGCAACCUAAUCAGAUUCUAUCUAUCUCAGAUUGUAGCAGGAAUCAGGAAAAGUUGAUCAGACUUCAAUUGACUCAAUAAACAUGCAUCAUUCGAUUAAAAUCAAACAGUAAUAUCAUCCCAGGUCAUUACAAUCAAUCCCUAACACAUAGAACUAGGGUUCUUCAUCCCCAAGUGAGAGAGGGGUUCUACUCCAUAGAGAGAGAGAAGAAAACAGUAAUCGGAGUAGUCAUACUCAUAAAGAUGAGGAAAAUCUGCUCGGGGAUGAUGAUUUCCACUCCUAGGACGAUCUCCAAGCUUGAUUUGAUGAAACCCAGCUCCAAGAUGGCUUCUAGGGUGAGUUCUUCGUCCUUUCUCUCUCUAGGGCUCUGUUUUUGCUCAAAAAGUCCGAUUCUCUCUCUUGCAGCCCGGAAUUGGGUUAAAACCAGGAAAUCCCGAAUCACACGGGCAGGGCCACACGGCCGUGUGGCAUACCCAGUUGCCCGUGUGAGUGAAAACGCUGCGUUCCACUUAGUUCGAUCUUCAGGCUUCUCACACGGCCAGGGUGGCACGACCGUGUGGGAAUUCCAUCUGCCCGUGUUUGCUCUCGGCAAAAGUCACACGGCCAGACCACUUCUUCACACGGCCGUGUGGAUUAUCAGGGCAGGCCGUGUUUGCUCUCGCACAAUCUCACACGGCCAGAAAUAUGAGUUGCACGGCCGUGUGAUUUGUGGGUGUGCCCGUGUGGCCUCCUUUGUGACUUGCCUCUCGCCCGAUCUUCGUCCAAUCGACCCCAAACUCGCUCCCAAGCCUCCAUUCACGUACUAGGACCUGAAAUAUCACAAACAAGCACACCCUAGCGUGAAAUCGGCCUAAAACACGAGAAAUCACAUCUCAAACGGUGUAAGAACAGGGGUAAAAACAUGUGUAAUUAACGGUCUAUCACUUGGUAAAGUGUCACAUCCUCUCCCUCUCAAAUUACUUAACAUGUGUGUUUUUAAAUUUAUUAUGUAAAUAUCGAUUAGGGGUGCAAUUACUCCCCUUUGUCAUUUUUUCCCCUUUUCAAUUUACUUAGUAAGACAUAGAUUGGCUCUUUGCCACUUAGCAAUACACGUGUAGCACUAGGACUAGGCUUGUGAAGAGGUGAAAUUAAUUAUGUGGACAGGAGGAAGAGUCAGCAACAUACAACACCCUUGGUUGCUCUGUGUGAAAACCGAGAAAUAAAGAUAAGAGGGGAGAGAAGCAAGGGAAGAAGGGGUGAUGUAAACCUAUCCUUCAUCUUAUCUUUCAUUUCCCUUUCUCUUACACGUAUGAAGCCAUGCACCCUCAAUUAGCUCCAGAUUCCACGUAGCUCAUAUCCUCCUUGGUGAAAAGAAUAAUAUAAGUCAAGUGAAGAGUGAGUUAGAGGGAAGAGAAGGAGAGACGCCUACCACUUUUGUUCUUCCCCCUGAGAUAAGAGACUGACUGUGUUGCUUUAUGGCCAUAGAAAUUCACCGUGCUAAAUUGCCGAUUUAGCUAGCUAGAGGAAGAGUUUUAAGUAGGGAGGAGCAACAAGGAAGUUACAAUACAUGAGGUAUAUCCAAGUUACAUGCUCUUUCUUAUGAUUGUACAUAUAUAGAGUGUCGCAUGAAAAGAGAGGUUUUGAUUCCUGCAUGUCCAAACUAACUAGAAUCUGUAUGUUUCGUUUCAUAAGAGUAUGAUUCUAGUAUAUUAUUCAGCAAAACUGAUUAUAAAUUAUUCUUGCAUGGCAAUCUCGUUGGUCUUUUUUGGGAUAUAUGGGGAAAGUUAAGUGGGGUUUAGUGUUUGGGUCUCUUGGGAGAGAGAUGAAGUUGGCGCUCUCUGUAGGGCGGGAGGUUCGGUUAUCGGUUGUCGGUUAACCGACCGGUUAAACCGAUAACCGGCGGUUACCGGUUAACCGAAAAUUAUAUGCUUCGGUCGGUGGUCGGAGCUCCUAAUAAGUAAUUCGGUUAAUCGAGUAACCGAAAAUUGGUUAUCCGGUUAACCGACAAUAACCGACCGACCACCCCCCUCACCAAAUCGAUGUGAAAAUACCCGGUUAUGAAGUUUAUAAUUUUAUGUUGUUGAAUUUGAGACAUUAAUUUGGUGAUUUAGAUGUAGAAAUGUAAGUUAUAACCUUUCAUUUUAGGCAAUUAUAAUAAUUUUACCCGGUUAAAAACGAACCACCAUCAUUUUUUCGGUUAUCUCGGUUAACCGACCAACUAACCGAUAACCGACUGGUCGGUUAUUGGUUAACCGAAGCAUUGGCGUCGGCCGGUGUUCGGUAGGGGGAGAUGGUGGUUAGGUUAACCGGUAACCGACCAAUCGGUUAUCGGUUAUAACCGAACCGAACCGAAUCCACCCCUAGCUCUCUGUAUAUGAGGGCAGCUUUAAUUUUUGAUUGAGUUCUUGUUAAUUGUUAUGCAUUUGAAGUACAAUAUAUAUGGACACCACAUUUUGUCCGGACAAACCAUCAUACUCAAAAUUCAGAAGAAUAUCUAACUUAAAAAGAAAACUCAAGUGAAAGUUUGGACGAGGUUGGUUGAGAUUAGCCGUGGCGAACCAAUAAGUACCAACCAUUUCCAAAUCCGCUUUUUAUUUAGUUCGAAUAUUUGUACUAGGUAGGAUUAGCAGUAGCUAAUGGCUACCAAAUUCGCUUUAUUUAGAAUAGCAAUAGUAUGUCGUCACGACAUACUGUAUUAUUGUAUUCAGUAAACGAUUGGUGGCAUA